CUUACACUUGGAGGAAACUUCACUGUGGCUAUUGGGCCUCUUGAUGAGUUCAGUACCAGCUAGACCACGGCCUCCCACAGAGAGCUGCCUCCUUCUACACACCCAAGGCAAAGGCUUCUGCAAAUGUGAAACCAGCUCUGUAUCCAACAACUGGGAUAUGGAAAGCUCAGAUCAAGCAUCAGGUGGCGCUUUAGUGGUCACAGCCCUUCAUCCGUUCACCAGCCAGCAGCCUGGAGAUCUGAGCUUUAUUCCAGGAGAUCGCAUCACUGUUUUCACCAAAACCGGCAGUACGACUGGUGGGAAGGAGAGCUAAGAGGCCAGGUUGGGAUCUUCCCAGCUAAUUUUGUGUCCUAUAGUUAAAGGUACUAAAAAAAACAAGAAAACUCUUGAAUUGAUGACAAAUGAUGUCUGGCAUUGAAGGGUGCUUUUCUUUUGCACAGUUUGAAAUGACAUUUCAUGAUGAAGGAGUAUAUUUUUAGUAGCACUUGGGGUCAGUGAUCCACUUAGGGGGGGUGUGUUUUUCAAUGUUCCUGGCAUUGGUGAAAUAUUUUCUUUAUUUCAUUUUGGCUGUUCAGUUACUGGAAUGUGGGUGGACUACUACAGGGUUCUCGUUUUAUAUUUUUAGUUAUGCUAUAGUUUAGAAACACACUGGAAUACAAUUAUGCUUUAUAUGCAUACACAGAAAUCAAAAAAUCAACUUUGUGGUAUUUUAAGUGAAGUUGCUCCAGGUAUUUGAAAUUUGAUAGCACAAUGGUUUGCCAUCGACAAAAACACAGUGGCACACAGCUGCUUGUUUUUUCUCUGAUAAGAGCACUGCACAGCUGUUGCAAACAAAUGUUAUUACAAAUGAUAAGCUUCAUAGUUUAUAACAAGCCUUAUUUAUUGUUUUAUGAACUCUACAUUUUUUUUAACUUCAUGUCUGCUUUAUUACUUUGAAAAAAAAAAAGAAAAAGGUGUUUUUUUUAGGAAGUGAAUGAAUAAUUGAUUUUGUUGCUUUAAUUUAUUGCUGUUUGCACAAAGGUUAAUCAAACAUGAUUGUUUUCCUACUGGUUUUAAAUGCCAAUAAAUGUAUAUCAGUUAUAAUAAAGAUUAUUAUCU